GCGAUCGCUAGCCCGCAGGCAGGAAGUGAAUCGCUCUCGCUGCAGUGACUCUGCGGCGCUGUGGGGAGCCCACGCUCCUCGCAAGAUCCCCGAGCCCCGGCGGCUGCUGCUGGGGACCCCGGAGCCCUGGCUGCAGCCGGGAGAGGGGAAUUUCCAGCAGUAACAUUCCCGCUGCUCCCCAGGAGCCUCUCCCGGUGCAGAGACCCUAGCCUGGCCAGGACCCCCCAUCCCGGCUGCUCCCAGGGAGGGCACCGCUUGGAGGGAAGGCUGCAGAAUGACCACCACGUUUUGCUCCAGAUCAUCCCAUCUUCCUAGGGGACGGGACAGGGAAAUGGCUGUGGUGGAUCCAGCUCAGAUGCCGGUGACCUUCGAGGAGGUGGCUGUGUACUUCACGGAGGGGCAGGGGGCUCUGCUGGACUCCAGUCAGAGAGCCCUCUACAGGGACGUCAUGCAGGAGAAUUAUGAGACUGUGACCUCCCUGGGACUCCCCAUUCCCAAACCUGACCUGAUUGCCCAGCUGGAAGCAGGGGAAGAGCCAUGGGUCCCGGAUCUUCAGGUCUUUGAGGAAAGGAAGAUCCCAAGAGGCACCCACACAGCAGGUGAUGAGACAAUGAGUAAUAACGAGGAGGGGGAUCCACAGCAGGAAGGACUUGAGCAAGUGGAACUCCAGGGGACCUUUUUAAGAAAAGCUGGAGGGGAGUUCUCCCAGUGCUUGGAAAAGAGAAAAGCCUGGAGUAAUUGGCAAAGGUCAGAGAGGAAGCUGGGAAAAUGCCCAAGGAAGAAAGUAGAGGAAUCCAUUGAAUGUGGGAGAGGAGGCAAGGAUCCCAAGGAAUCUGCAGCCCAGCAGACAAAUCAGAAGGAAAAGAAACUGUAUACAUGCUUGGACUGUGGGAAAAGCUUCAGUCAGCGCUCAGGUCUUAUUUGUCACAGGAGAAUCCACACAGGAGAGAGACCAUACAAAUGCCUUCAGUGUGGGAAAAGUUUCAGUGCACCAUCAGCCCUUAUUGUACAUCAGCGAACCCACACGGGAGAGAAACCCUAUAAAUGCUUGGACUGUGGGAAAAGUUUCAGUCGGCACUCAGCCCUUAAUAGCCAUGGGACAAUCCACACGGGAGAGGGACCAUAUAAGUGCCUUGAGUGUGGGAAAAGUUUCAGUGUACCCUCAGCCCUUAUUACACAUCAGAGAAUCCACAUGGAAGAUAAACCCUUUAAAUGCUUGGACUGUGGGAAAAACUUCAGUCAGCACUCAGGACUUAUUAACCACAGGAGAAUCCACACGGGAGAGAGACCAUAUAAAUGCCUUCAGUGUGGGAAAAGUUUCAUUGUAACAUCAGCCCUUAUUACACAUCAGAGAACCCACACGGGAGAGAGACCCUAUAAAUGCCUUCAGUGUGGGAAAAGUUUCACUGAAUCAUCAACCCUUAUUGUACAUCAGAGAACCCACACAGGAGAGAAACCCUUUAAAUGCUUGGACUGUGGGAAAAGCUUCAAUCGGAGCUCAAAUCUUACUACCCAUCGGAGACUGCACACGGGAGAGAGACCCUAUAAAUGCUUGGACUGUGGGAAAAGUUACAAUGGAUCAUCAGCCCUUAUUGUACAUCAGAGGAUCCACACAGGAGAGAGACCCUAUAGAUGUUUGGACUGUGGGAAAAGCUUCAGUCGGCACUCAAUCCUUAUUAGACAUGGAAGAAUCCACACGGGGGAGAAACCCUAUAAAUGCUUGGACUGUGGGAAAAGCUUCAGUCAGCACACAGGCCUUAUUAAGCAUGGGAGAACCCACAAGGGGGGAAAACUGUGAAAAUGCCUCCACUGUAGGAAAAGCUUCCAACAGAACUCACACCUUAUUAGACAAUCCACAUAAAAGAGAAACCCCAUAAAUACUUGAAUGGUGGGAAAAGCUUCAAACCCAGGCCAUAUCUUCCUAAACAUCAGAGAAUUCACAUGGGACAGAAUCUAUAAAUGUCUCAACUGUGGAAAAAGUUUCAUUUGAAUAUCAAACCUUGCUUCACAUUAGACGAUCCACACAAGAGAGAGAGCCCAUAAAUACUUGGAUUGUGGGAAAAGCUUCAAUAACUGGAGGGAAAGAUUCAGUCUAAGCUCACACAUUAUUCCCCAUCAGAUAAUUCAUAGAAGAAAGAGCUUGAAUGUGGGGAUACCUUCUUUUGGUGCGCACACAGCAUCAAGCAUCAGCAAAUCCAAACAAGGAGGAGCCCUCUCAGAUGUCCUUAGCAUGGAAAAUGCUUCAGUUGGAGCUAACACCACGUUGAACAUCAGAGACUCCUCCACACAGGAGAGAAAUUCUCUCAGUGCCCUGACUAGGGCUGGUCUUAGUAAAAACUCCAUUUCCUAAUUCCCACACACAGCAGUGGCAUUUGGCUCCCAGGUAUCCAGCUGCCCAUGUCUGGGGGCAGGUUCCAGCAGCAGCUAACCCCAAUCUGAUCAGUGACCCUCUGGCUUUGCCUGGUCUAAGCAAACCUCUGGCAGAGGAGGAGCAGUUCUGAUCAGCCCCUCCUCCCUGCUGUAGCCCUGGCUGCUGAACUGAUGGGCCUUCCUGCCUCCUGGUAACUGCUGAGGAACGGGAGAGAGAAAUUCCUCCAGAAGCUCCCUCUGCUUGGAUGAAGUUCUCUUCUUUCCUUUCCCUUCCCAGUCAGGAUGCCCCUUCCAUGGAGACUAGGAGAGGGAGGCUCCAGAUUCACUCCAGACACCUGUCCCCACCCCUCAUUUUCCAGUAGCCUGUGGGCUGGGCUCCCCCACUUACCUGGAGCUAGUCCCUGCAGGGUGAAUGUCCCUGAGUGCUAGCAACUCUUCCUCUCCCUAAAUCCCCUAAGGUGCUGGGUUCUGGGAGAUCAAAUUUGAAGGGACCAGGAGGGAUGGGUUUUUGAAUGGUUGGGUCCGGUGGAUGUGGGGAGCAUAGGGUACUCAGUGCUGGGGAAAUCAAAUGUUAGGGAGGCCAUUUGGUCACAUGCUUUGAUAUUAGUUUAGUUUGACAGGAUCUAGCAUAGCUUUUUUUGAGGAUUUUACGAGAGGUUUUAUUUUAACCUUUCUUUACCCUUUGGCAUGAGAUGUUUGUGUGUUUGUGUGUUUGGGGGAGGGAUAGCUUAGUGGUUUGAGCAUUGGCCUGCUAAACCCAGGGUUGUGAGUUCAAUCCUUGAGGGGGCCAUUUACAGACCUGGGGGGGGGGAAUGGGAAUUGGUCCUGCUUUGAGCAGGGGGUUGGACUAGAUGACCUCCUGAGCUCCCUUCCAACCCUGAUAUUCUAUGAUUCUAUGAACAAUGAACCUUAUCAAUAUGUCUCAGCACGAACACUGACGGUGAGUGCUAGACUCGCACUCAGAGAGGCUGAGACUGAAUGGGGCAUGGAGUUACUGCCUGAUCCCUGCAGAGAUGUUAGAUGCAGUGAGAAGGGGCAGAGGAUGGGUGGUAUGGGUAACAGAGCUGGGAAACGACAAACUUUCCUCUUGAGAGCCAGACAGUGGAGGCCGAGAAGUGUGUACUUGCUACAUCAAUGCCAGAGAGACACAGGAAUUGCCCUAUGAGUGUUGGGUGAAGCCAUCCCUGAAAUCUAAAAGGCUACAAAUGAUGCCCCCACAGGAAUGAAGAGGGGAGGUAGCAGCAUCUCCCGAAUGCUGAGAGGACGAGACUGGGCAGAGACAAGAAGGAAGCUGGAGAAGACAACAGGCCGCCUGGGCCAACCUUGGAGCCAGGCUGACCCCCAUCCUUGAGGCCAGAGAGGGUUAGGGAGACUGACAGCCCAGCUGGUCACCCCUCCCCAUCUACCAGAGUGUCCUGUGUGGGGAUGACAAAGACUCUGUCUGCCUCACUCACCUCAUCCUAUAUCCUGCUAAUCUCAGCUGCUUGGAUUCCCUGCUCUCGGAGGGUAUGUCUACACUACGAAAUUAGGUCAAAUUUAUAGAAGUCCAUUUUUUAGAAAGCGAUUUUAUACAGUCGAUUGUGUGUGUCCCCACUAAGCGCAUUAAGUCGGCGGAGUGCGUCCACAGUACCGAGCCUAGCGUCGACUUUCGGAGCAUUGCACUGUGGGUAGCUAUCCCGCAGUUUCUGCAGUCUCUGCCGUCCAUUGGAAUUCUGGGUUGAGCUCCCAAUGCCUGAUGGGGCAAAAACAUUGUCACAGGUGGUUUUGGGUACAUGUUGUCAGUCGCCCCUCCCUCUGUGAAAGCAACGGCAGACAAUCGUUUCGCGCCUUUUUUUCGUGCAGGCGCCAUACUGUUUUCAGCAGAUGGUGCAGUAGGGCUGCAAACCGUCAUCAUCAAACGACCGCUUCUGCUGCCACUCUGCUCUCCUGGUGGUCUCGCAGGUCCUCUAUAUGACCGUCGUCAUCCACCGCUUCCUCUGCAACUCUGCUCGGCUGCUCUUCUCUCGCCAUACCACGGCAAGCGUACAGCGAACUCAGCUGUUGUGUCCUCGCAGCAGAUGGUGCAGUAGGUCUGCAAAACUGGUCAUCCAACCACCGCUUCCCCUGCAACUCUGCUCUCCUGCAGACGACAUACCAUGGCAAGCAUGGAGCCUGUUUAGAUCACCACAGCAGUUAUGAGCAUUGUAAACACCUCGCGCAUUAUCAUGCAGUAUAUGCAGAACCAGAACUUGCAAAAGCAGGCAAGGAGGCAACGGCAGCGUGGUGACAAGAGUGAUGAGGACAUGGACACAGACUUCUCUCAAAGCAUGGGUCCCAGCAAUUUGGCCAUCCUGGUGGCAAUGGGGCAGGCUCAUGCCAUGGAACGCCGAUUCUGGGCCUGGGAAACAAGCACAGACUGGUGGGACCGCAUAGUGUUGCAGGUCUGGGAUGAUUCCCAGUGGCUGCGAAACUUUCACAUGCGUAAGAGCACUUUCAUGGAACUUUGUGACUUGCUUUCCCCUGCCCUGAAGUGCAAGAAUACCAAGAUGAGAGCAGCCCUCACACUUCACAAGCGAAUGGCGAUAGCCUUCUGGAAGCUUGCAACACCCGACAGCUACCGGUCAGUCGGGAAUCAAUUUGGAGUGGGUAAAUCUACUGUGGGGGCUGCUGUGAUCCAAGUAGCCAACGCAAUCGCUGAGCUGCUGCUAUCAAGGGUAGUGACUCUGGGAAAUGUGCAGGUCAUAGUGGAUGGCUUUGCUGCAAUGGGAUUCCCUAACCGUGGUGGGGCGAUAGACGGAACGCAUAUCCCCAUCUUGGGACUGGACCACCAAGGCAGCCAGUACAUAAACCGAAAGGGGUACUUUUCAAUGGUGCUGCAAGUAUCACAAGGAUCACAAGGGAUGUUUCACCAACAUCAACGUGCAAUGGCCGAGAAAGGUACAUGACACUCACAUCUUCAGGAACUCUGGUCUGUAUGAACAGCUGCAGCAAGGGACUGACUUUCCAGACCAGAAGAUAACAGUUGGGGAUGUUGAAAUGCUUAUAGUUAUCCUUGGGACCCAGCCUACCCCUUAAUGCCAUGGCUCAUGAAGCCAUACACAGCACCCUGGACAGUAGUCAGGAGCUGUUCAACUAUAGGCUGAGCAAGUGCUGAAUAGUGGUAGAGUGUGCAUUUGGACGUUUAAAAGUGCGCUGGCACAGUUUACGGACUCAGUUAGACCUCAGCGAAACCAAUAUUCCCAUCGUUAUUACUGCUUGCUCUGUGCUCCACAACAUCUGUGAGAGUAAGGGGGAGACGUUUAUGGCGGGGUGGGAAGUUGAGGCAAAUCGCCUGGCCGCUGAUUACACGCAGCCAGACACCAGGGUGAUUACAAGAGCACAGCAGAGCAUGCUGCGCAUCAGAGAAGCUUUGAAAACCAGUUUCGUGGCUGACCAGGCUACGGUGUGACAGUUCUUGUUUGUUUAUCUUUGACGAAAACCCACCCCCUUGGUUCACUUUACUUCCCUGUAAGCCAACCGCCCUCCCCUCCCCCCUUUGAUCACCGCUUGCAGAGGCAAUAAAGUCGUUGUUUUAAAUUC